AUGAAAACUACGAAAGCAACACUACAGAGUAAUCUUAACCAAUUCCUUCGACAAUAUCGCAAAGCACCACAUUCCACCACAGGACAGUCCCCAGCUCAAUUGUUCUUAGGACGAGACCUUCGCACUCGCCUUAAUCUAACGAGACCUGAUGAUAUAUCAACGAAAGUGUUGGAAAAACAACGAGCUGCGAUGCAAUCAACUUUUCGCACCUUGGAAGAUGGACAAAGAGUGUAUUUCCUAUCUGGAAACCAGAAGCUCGAUAAAUGGCUCCCUGGCACAAUUUCUAAACGAAUAGGAGCAAUAGAAGUGCCAACAAAUGAUCGUCAACGCCAUAUUCGAUACUAUGAAGAACCACCAAUUGUACCAGCUACCAGAACAUCAAUUCGUGAACUAGAACCUCCAGUGAUACCAGAGAAUACACCUCACACUCCAAUGAUACCACGAAGAUCAAAUCGAGUGAUUCGUCCACCACUAAGAUAUUCACCAAAUUGA